CCGCAUUAUUGAUAUAAUAGUGUUUGCUACCUUUUCGAUUCUCAGCAUAAAAUCUCAGGCUCCAUAUUUAUGCCCACAAAUAACGCACAUUCCCAAAUGCUCAACUCUAAACCUUGUCUCAAUUACUGCAACUCUUAAGACACAGGGAUGGGACCUGAAAUAUUGACUUUGAUAUACUCCUUAAUUCUCUGCCUUGUCUGCACUGUCUCGUCUGGAGUUUCUGUCUGCAGUACUGAUGGCAUGUCAAUUCGAGGAGGGGAGUACAGUCUCUCAAAUGGAUCAAAUGUGGGCAGUGAGCUGUUGUACCACUGUCCUGAUGGUUAUUACCCUUACCCCAAACGUAUGCACAGAUGUCUGGGCCAUAAUCGCUGGUCCCCAAGCCCCAGUCGACGAGGCAGUGAGUGCAGGGUCAUGACAUGCCCUGAUCCCAGUGUGCUGAGAAAUGGUGAGGUGUCUCCUGUCCUAUUGCAGUAUGUUGUUGGGGACCAGACCACUUAUGAAUGCCAUGACGGUUACGCUUUCGCCGGCUCCGCCUCCAGAGUCUGCAAGAGUAAUGGGAAGUGGAGUGGCGACACGCCUAUCUGUGAUCAUGGCUCUGGACAUUGCCGUGACCCUGGCGUUCCACCGGGGGCCAAGCGCAAUGGAAAUAUGCUUGAUAUAGGUGACCGGGUGACCUAUGAAUGUUCUUUAGGACUGAUGCUGCUGGGAUCGAAGGAGCGGAUAUGCCUGGAGGGUGGAGACUGGUCAGGAACUGAGCCUGUCUGUUACAGUAAACACUACUAUGACACCCCAGAGGAGGUGUCCAAGUACUUCUCUACAUCCCUCGAGAAUCGUCUGGCAAUAUCUGGCCUGGAUGACAAUACUGAUGGGCAGCAAGUACAAAGGUCCAUCCAGAUGAGGCAGGGAGGCAAGCUCCACAUCUACAUUGCCCUGGAUAAUUCAGGGAGCAUAAGCAGAGAUAAUUUUACAGUGGCCAAAAACUGCGUUAAAGCCCUCAUCAACCAGAUAUCUUUUUUUGAAGUCAUCCCGAGGUACGGAAUUCUGAGCUUUGCAUCUGAGGUCAAUGAGAUUGUUGAUAUCUUCUCUCCUUCCUCACACUCAGACAUGGUUUUACAUAACUUAAAUAAGGUCACCUAUGGUAAAUUAAAUGGUACUGGAAGUAACCUCUCAAGGGUAUUUAAAAAAAUCCAUGAAAAGAUGGCUGUCUUUAAGAAAAGAAAUGAGCUUGAAGACACACAGCAGGCCAUUAUUAUGUUUACAGAUGGUAAUGUUGUUGUGUGCAAAACUAACAUGGGGGGAAGUGCAGAGCCCACUGUUAUCAGGAUUAGGAACCUGAUGGAAGAAAUACAUGGCAAAGACUGGCAGAAAUAUCUGGAUAUUUAUGUUUUCGGUGUGGGUGCAGAAAUGAACGAGGAGGAAAUCAACAAGUUGGUGUCGAAGAAGAGUUCAGAAAAGCAUUUCUACAAACUAAGAGAUGACACCAAACUGACAUCCUUGUUCAAGAUGAUUAUAGAUGAGAGUAACAGUGUAGGCCUGUGUGGUCUAUCCUGGGACCGUGAUGGUGAUGAUUCCACUUCAUCCAAACGGCAAGAAUACCCUUGGGUAGUCACAAUCUCUGUCGAGGUCGGCAAUGAGCAUAGCUCUUGCAUGGGUGCCCUCGUUACACCUAGAUUUGUCCUUACAGCUGCUCACUGUUUCAGGGAGAAGCAGAUAGAUAGGAUUAAAGUGAAAGUCUUCAACCAGGAAGAUAUGACGUUGGAGCAGAAACCUAUAAUUCAUUCAGAAUAUGAUGUCUUUAAGAAGAAGGACAAAGGGGUUUCAGAGUUUUAUGACUACGAUGUGGCACUCUUGAAGUUGAAUAGUGAUGUCCAAAUGUCUAAAUAUACCAGGCCCAUCUGUAUUCCUUGUACUAUAUCCUCCAUCCGUGCAUCAGGUCUCCAUACAUCAACAACCUGUAAGGCGCAAGAGGAAUUCCUAUUGAAUCAGAAUUCUGUACCUGCCAGAUUCAUGUCUGAGUGGAAGGGUCAGAUGUACGAGAAGGAUGUUCAAAUCAAAUUGAAAGAAAAGAGGGAGAGCUGUAUUAAGGAUGCAGAGGAAGCUGAGGGCAUUAAAAACUACAAGGAGGCUGUGACUAAGAACUUCCUGUGUACAGGAGGGACAGAAGACAAAGUUGAGGACGUUGCCUGCAAAGGUGACUCUGGUGGUGCCCUGUAUCUGAAAAAUCAAAAACGUCGGAUUCAGGUGGGUGUGAUCAGCUGGGGGGUUAAGGACCUGUGUAUGGGUAAUAAUAUCCCAAAGCCUCUUUCAACUGCAACUACUAGAGAUUACCACAUUAACCUAUUCCGAAUGCAGAAGUUCCUCAAGAUGCACCUGGGAGAAAAAAAAAAUGAAACUAAUUAUGAGCCUUUAAAAUUUGUUGACUGAAAGUCAUAUGUGUAACUUGCAUACAUACGUGAUAAAUACAGUAGGCCUAUAUCAACAAUUCAAAUAGAAUGUAGAAGUUGUGCCCAUGCAGAAGUUGUGAAAUGUGAAGAGUAGUUCAUUAUUUUCAGUCAAUGUGAUUUUGUUUGUAUGUUUAUUGUAGGAAAAUGAAAUUAAUGUCUGCAAUGGUUUAGAUUUUUACUACAAAUUAACAGGAUUUGGUUUAGUUAAAAUGUGUAUUUGUUGACAGUUCAGUCAAAUAUCUAAUGAAAAUCUGCUGUCUUUGACCUGUUGUGUAAUUGGUUACGCAUCAAAACACAAUGUUUGUCUUUGGACUUUACUUUGGUCAAGACCCAAAAGAUAGUUUUACGAUAAGGGGCAUGUCCUGGUUAAUUUUUAACCCAGUCAAGUGUUCCGAGAAAUUAUUAUGAAUUUUGCCAGUGGAGAUGACAAUGAUGUUAUGUGUGUCAUUUUUAGAUUACAGUGGCUUUUGGGCAUGGCAUAUUUUUUAAAUCCAAUAAAUGUUUCAUUUUUUAUUUCAA